GGGCUGGAGCAAGCGGACGCAGGCGAGCGGUCUCCGGCGUCUUCUGCUCGAUCCUGCGCGUUGGAAAUUAUCCCUCAGUUUCUUCACUUGACUCCAGACUCUUCGUUUUACGCGCCCGGCUCCUGCUGCGGGAUCUUUUCUCUGCGGGCUUUCUGGUUUGUUUGGGGGUUUUUUUUUUGUGUGUGUGCACAAAAUCAACACCCGGGGUUCGUGUUGAUAAACAGUGAGGAGGAAGAAGAAGAGGAAGAAAAGGAAAAAGAAAAGGAGGAGAAACCAGACCAGCGCGGACCAAAGGGGGCCAAAAACUCACCAGGUAUGGCGGCGGUGUUGCCGAGAACCCUGGGUGAGCUGCAGCUCUACAGGAUCCUGCAGCGAGCAAACCUGCUCUACUACUACGAGGCCUUCAUCCAGCAGGGCGGCGAUGACGUGCAGCAGCUGUGCGAGGCCGGCGAGGAGGAGUUUCUGGAGAUCAUGGCCCUGGUCGGCAUGGCCAGCAAGCCGCUGCACGUGCGCCGCCUGCAGAAGGCGCUGCGCGACUGGGUCACCAACCCGGCUAUCUUCAACCAGCCGCUCACCUCUCUGCCCGUCUGCAGCAUCCCCGUCUACAAGCUGCCCGAGGGCUCGCCCACGCUGCUCAGCGCUCAGGACCGAGCCAACACCGCCAGCGUCAAGAUGCCCAAAGGCGUCGCAGCCGCCUGCUCGGACCCGGGGAAGCUGGACGUGGCGCGGGACAAGGUGUCGGCCGGGUCGCCCCUGCAGGGCGGCAGCGAGGCGCGAUUCUGGUCAGGCCACAGCAACGACAGCGAGCACAGCCUGUCGCCGUCGGACCUCGGCUCCCCGUCCUCCCCCAGAGACGCGCUGGAGGCUCUGGAUGCGGCCGCUGUCCAGUCGGUCCUGGAGUGUGUGGACAGGAUGGCGCCUGGACUUCCCAAAACCGAUCUGGCUGAGGUUAAAGAGCAGCUGAAGAACAACAAAAAGCUAGCAAAGAUGAUCGGACACAUCUUUGAGAUGAGCGACGAUGACCCGCGGAGGGAGGAGGAGAUUCGCAAAUACAGCGCCAUCUAUGGACGCUUUGAUUCCAAGAGAAGGGACGGCAAGCACCUGACACUGCAUGAGCUGACGGUGAACGAGGCGGCAGCUCAGCUCUGCAUGAGGGACAUGGCCCUGCUUACACGUCGAGACGAGCUGUUCGGACUUGCCCGGCAGAUUUCCAGAGAGGUCACCUAUAAAUACACCUACCGCACCAGCAAGUCUCGCUGUGGAGACAGAGACGAGCCGUCCCCGAAAAGGAUAAAAACAGAGGAGAACUUCUUCGACAUCCAGGAGGCGCUGCAGGCCAUCCACAUGAGGCAGGAGAUGCUGAGGGAGCAGCUGGCCUGCGCCAAGUUGAAAGGAGAGGAAACCGUCGGGCGAAAUCUGCAGAUGCAGCUGGAGCGUCUACUGGCGAGGCAGAUGGAGAUCCUGCAGGACGCCGCCGUUCAGGAGCGACUCCAGGCUCUGGACUGGAGGAUCCCCCCCGCCGCCUUAAAGUACCUCAACGACGCCCAGAACACUAACGGAGCCGCCACCGACGCCAGCAGAGACAACCAGGAUGAACGUCCAAUCAACUUGCGGGUGGUCAGUCAAAGCAUGCAGGAAGGCGACCUCCCAUUGGGCAAGCAGCUAGCGAAUGAACUGAAGCGUCAUCACAACCACAACAACAGCAACAACAACAACAACAACGCAGACGAGACCAAAACACCAGCAACAGAAAAUGGGACGUCGCAGCGGGCACCCAGCAACGCAGAAAAGAAGACCAUCAAGUCAGAGCCGGAAGACUCCACAUAGUGCCUCCCGCCUCACCCACCCAUCACCCAACCCCCCACCCACCACCCCCUUGUACCUAUUCAUUCUACUCACACUUGACAGUAUGCAGUUAUUACCCGACAAUAGAUACUAAGCAAGCACAGCCACAGUAGAGCCUUAACAACCAAUGUUGCCUCAUGAAUAGCAUUUAUUUUUUUCUUUGAUUUUAUCUUUUUGUUUCUUUUUUUUGUUUUUGUUUUGUUUUUUGUUUUAAAAGGUAUUUGCCAAAGCACCUAGAGAGCAUGUGUAGAAGCCCCUCAGUGCUCUACAGGUCUUUGUCUGUUGAUUGAUUGUACAUGUUAGAUGUACAUGUAAUUUAAGAGUGAUCUGUUGCAGACAUUUGUAUACUCUUUACCUCUGCCUGGGUGUCAUUUUUGUUGCUUUCUUUGGACAGCCAGGUUGCAGGCUGUGAUGUCGGGGCUGAGUCUUAACUCAAAUGUAGAUUCAGAGAUUAGACAAAAGCAGAAAU